GUCCCAUGAUGUUCAAGACUUCCUUGUUCACUCUACAUCUCUGUGUGUGUCUGCUGAUCGGGCUCGUGACGUCAGCGAAUGACCUUGAGAAGUCCUUACAGAAACGUUCCAGCAGCCGACAGAAGUUCAGGAGUUUAAGCAAGUCACAGAGUCCCAGGAGUUCUAGCCGGGUGUUUGUUGCAAGCUUUCCCGCCUACUCGAGGAUCUACGCCAAAAGACCUUUUGAUGAAGUAGGAAGUGGAUUGAUAGGGAAAAGGUCUUUUGAUGAAGUAGGAAGUGGAUUGAUAGGGAAAAGGUCUUUUGAUGAAGUAGGAAGUGGAUUGAUUGGUAAAAGACCUUUUGACGAAAUAGGCAGUGGGUUAAUUGGGAAAAGACCUUUUGAUGAAAUCGGUAGUGGGCUAAUUGGUAAAAGACCAUUUGACGAAAUAGGAAGUGGGCUAAUUGGGAAAAGACCUUUUGACGAAAUAGGAAGUGGGCUAAUUGGGAAAAGACCUUUUGACGAAAUUGGCAGUGGGCUAAUUGGUAAAAGACCUUUUGACGAAAUCGGCAGUGGGCUAAUUGGUAAAAGACCUUUUGAUGAAAUCGGUAGUGGGCUAAUUGGUAAAAGACCUUUUGACGAAAUUGGCAGUGGGCUAAUUGGUAAAAGACCUUUUGACGAAAUCGGCAGUGGGCUAAUUGGGAAAAGACCUUUUGAUGAAAUUGGUAGUGGGCUAAUUGGUAAAAGACCUUUUGACGAAAUCGGCAGUGGGCUAAUUGGUAAAAGACCUUUUGACGAAAUCGGCAGUGGGCUAAUUGGUAAAAGACCUUUUGAUGAAAUUGGCAGUGGGCUAAUUGGUAAAAGACCUUUUGAUGAAAUCGGUAGUGGGCUAAUUGGUAAAAGACCUUUUGAUGAAAUUGGCAGUGGGCUAAUUGGCAAAAGACCUUUUGACGAAAUCGGCAGUGGGCUAAUUGGUAAAAGACCUUUUGACGAAAUUGGAAGUGGGCUAAUUGGCAAAAGACCUUUUGACGAAAUUGGCAGUGGGCUUAUUGGUAAAAGACCUUUUGACGAAAUAGGAAGUGGGCUUAUAGGAAAACGCCAAGAGUCGUAAAAAAGUGUGCCCUAGUUUCUUAAGAUGUGGCUAAAAUAGCCAAUAAAAUCAAUCUAUUUCCUUAACCAAUCAAAUCAAUCUAUUUCUUCAAGCAAUCAAACCAGUCUGUCGAUAAAACAGUUACUUUGUGCAGACCAAUCCAAAUUUUAAAUCCAUUACAUUUACUGACUAAUUUAAAACAUUUUACUUACAAUUUUAUUUUUCACAAUUUAAAGUAUGUUUUUAAAAAAUAUACCACCUGAAGCUUAAAAAAUGAUGUUCUACCUUAUUUGGCCAAAUUUUCGUUUCCCAAAGGUCAAAUGAAAACUUUUCUCCCAUCUUUUAUUUUUUGUUCCACGAACAUGUUCACCUGUUACAAGCCAGUUGACUUCCGUCUCCCUGACCCUUGACCUUUCACCUCCGCACUCAAGCUGUGUCUACAUGUCCGUUCACCGAUAACUUAGCACUUCUUUUAUGUUUUAGCUACACCUAAAUAGUAACAAUUCGGGCUUACCUCUCCUCCCCACCACCCUAACCCCCUCCCUUUUCACUAGUUCCAGCCCCCUUCCCCAUGUUAUUCCUCCGUCUCUCUCCCCCCACCCCCCCCCCCUCACCUCCUUAUUGAACAUCGCUUACCUUUAUGUUGAUAGCAAACGACAAGGAAAAUGUCCCUGGGUAGCGCUGCAGUGAUAAGAGAUGUCAAAUUUGUUUUAUUGAUAAAAAUAAUUUUGGAAUGUAUCUGUGUAUAUUACUCAAAAUAAAAUCUUAUCAUUUGUGAUUAAACUUGACACGAGAAUAACAAAAAUAAAACUUGUUAUUGUUAAAUUAUGGUCAGUACUGUUCUUUAUAGAAUCGUGUGUUCUAUUUUUUUAUUUGUAUCUCUGCACUUAACUGAGGUCUACAAAUGUAAUUGUAGCUCCCAUGCACGAUAUAAGCUUAGCUCACAGCUCAGACCUUAGCUCUGAUUUCAGCUCUGAUCUGCCCACAGACCUAAUUUUAUUUCUGAGCUUUGAAUUAAGCUGGGAAAAAGCCUUCAAGAGCUGUCAGAAAUUAAGAUUGAGUUAUACCUCACAAAGGGAAGUAACAAUGAAAAUAUAAGUUCGGCGAGUCGGUCAAAGGGAGACAACAAUGAAAAUAUUAUCUAGUAUGGCGAGACGGUCAAGGGGAGGCAACAAUGAAAAUAUUUUAGUUGAAAUUGAGAUUAAAUUGAGGCAAGGGAGAUAAUAAUGAAAAUAAUUUCGGGUUGUAAAACUAAGGGAGUACCAUCUCGGGGGUCAAAAAUAAAAAUAUUUUGUUUAUUUCGCUGUUGAGGAUAUGACAAAUAAAAAUGUGUUGACCAAUUUCA